GAGAGGUUGGGUUUUCCCGGCGGGUCCGUUCCAACCCCCCUCCCCGUGCAAGAUUUUCCGAGACGUUUUGGAAACAGAAACCAAAUCCAUGGAUUUCGGGCUCCAUGGCGUCGUUCGAACGAGGACGGUAUCUGCCGCUUGAUGCGUCCACGGAUCGAUCGCUAUCGGCCCCGCCCCACAGAUUUCGAGAUCAGAAUGAAACUUCCGGUGCUGCCCUCCCUUUGCGGCAGGGGAAUGGUCUCCUCGUCGUCSUGGAGGCCGCUCCGUUCCUUCGGAAUCCCCCMGCUGGCCCGGCCGUCUCCGGUGGGGCAUUCCCCUCGCGGCUGGGAUCGGCGCUCGGCGUUUUCCACGCAAACGAGGCUGGGCAUGGAAAACACCCUCGAGGCCGAACUCGAUUGGGACGAUCGAAUCGGACUCCAGGAUAGAUACACCCUCGAGGAAAAGGGCUGGGAGGUACGAGUCGACUGGCGAUCCACUCGGUACGGAGCCAGCCUCUUUGCAAGGGAAGACAUCGCCAAAGGAACGAUUCUGCGGAGGGGGUUCCUGGGGGUCAAUCUCAAGGAAUUCGCCUCCAUCGCCGACAUCGAGGACUUUUGUGCCGCCGGAAGCGGCGGAAGCGAUUCCCCCGCGUACACGGCAAAACUCGGGUACGUCAAGGACUAUCUCUGGGGAUUCCACAGAGACGCCGACGACCGGGGAUACCCUUCCGCCGGGGACGAAGGAGAUCAGGACGCGCGCUUCUUUGGGAUGUGGGUGCCGGGAAACGGUCUCAACCACAACGAGACCCCCAACACGGUCUACAAGCCGACGGACCGCGGGAUCGACCUCGUGGCCCUCGUAGACAUUGCCGCCGACGACGAGCUCUUUGACGACUACCGGAGGCACGGGGCCUCGUCGCCGUGGCUGAAAGAAUUCUCGAGGGUCCACAACGUGACGCUGAACUUUGCCGACUGCAACGACUUUGUGUAGACAGGAACCAACCGGGAAGGGCGAUUCGGAACAGAACGUA